CUUCUUUGGCAACUCCAGCAGUUUUGCCUUCUAGGGCUUAAGAAGAUGAAUGGAUUGAUGGAAGAGCCCUCGGUGUUACAUGUAAUAACAUUGGAAUGACGAAAGUACCCUUCGAAGAUAUAAAUUCUCAACGGUCGUCUCCUUUUCCUCGUUUCGCCAUAGGAGGGGGAGAGAGAUUUCAUCCCAAUGGACACCCUGAUUCCCUGCCAGUUUCGACCAGCGAGGUCAAUUCCGAUCAAAAAAACCCUCAUGUCUCUCUCGAUUAGACCUCGAAACCUCCAGUUGCAUGGCAAAGCGAAGCACGAUCAGACAAGAUUCGCACUCCGAGCCGCCAAGAUCCAACAGCCCAAUCUGUCCGACACCCAUAAGAAUCCCCCGGCCAAGAACGACGAUGAUGGGAUUCUGGCCGACGACGUCAAGAUGCUGGCCAAAUUCAAGUCCCGGCACAACUACAUCCGCGUCCUCGAAGUGUCUCGGCGCGCCGACCACCCGCUAGCGGGCUCCCGCCUCCUCCUCCUCGACAACCCCGGCAACAUCCACAGCAUCUCCUUCCUCUUCAAGUGCCUCACGUCCACCUAUUUCGACAUCUUCGCCACCCUCCCUCCCAUUCUCCCUCCGGGCCCCAUCGCCAUUCUCGGCUUCGGUGCCGGCUCCGCCGCCCGGCUUAUCCUCCAUCUAUACCCGGAAACCGAAAUCCACGGAUACGAGCUCGACCCGUCGGUGAUCGCCGUCGCAAGAGAAUUCUUCAGCCUGACAAAACUAGAGAAGCAGAACCAAGACAGGCUCUUCAUAUAUGUGGACGACGCGCUCAACGCCGACUACAAGGGCGGCUUCGCGGCGAUCUUGGUGGAUCUCUUCUCGAAGGGGAGCGUGAUCCCGGAGCUCCAAGAUUCGAGAACUUGGAAGGAAUUAAGGAAACGAUUGAGGAAAGGAGGGCGGAUGAUGGUGAACUGCGGGGGGAGUUGUGUGGAGUCGGAGGACCCGAAGAGAGACGGGGAGUCGGUGAAGGAGGAGACGCUGAGGGCGAUGAGCCGGGUAUUUGCCGACCAAGUGUUUGUUUUAAAUCUUGACCAUAGGAAGGAGGAUAGCUCUGUGGCUUUGACUGGACCGCUGCCUGAUCUGGAGGCCUGGAAGGAGGCGCUGCCGGCCUCCUUGAGGUGCUACGUUGAUAUGUGGACUCCUUACCGUUAGGACUUGGAACUUGGAAGUCAGGCCAGAAAAUUGUUUCUGAUUGAUUCGGUUUUUUAGUAUUAAAUGACACGGUUCGAAAUGUGCC